GAGCAGAAAGGGGAUGUUUGGUUCCCGGCGCGAAAUUUCUGAGCAGUUUAGCACAACUAGGCUAGUUCUUUUAAUGCCGUAUUCAUGUCUUCUCGGAAUGAAGUCCGAUUUCUUGCAUUCACUGAAGAAGGGAGAGAGAAUGUUGAAGCAGCUCACAAACUUGCUUCUGAGAAUAAACUUAAGUGUACAUGGGUGACUGUAGAAGAAGUGAAUAACUUGGAAGAUUCUAAGGACAGCAAGGAAGAAAUUGUGUAUGUUGCUGAUCCAAUUGAAGGUCCUGAAGUUGGAGAUGUUAUUGACCAUCUUGUGAAUCUUAACUAUCCUGUACUUGGUCCACAAUGUGCAUUGACUGUUCUAAAACAUGGAAUCAGACUUCAAGAUGAUUUGAAAUAUCCUCUUUAUACUCUCACAUUGCUUAAUACAACAAUUUGUUUCUCAAAUAUUCAAAAUGAAGAAAGAAUAGAACUUGUGCAUCUAGUUGAACUUAUGGGUGGAAAAGUGUCACGACCAUUGCAUUGUGAUGUCACUCAUCUUGUUGUUGGUGAAGUCGGUUCUGUCAAAUAUUUUACUGCAGCUUCAAUAAAUAUUAAAAUUAUGACAAAGGAAUGGAUAUAUCAUUUAUGGAAGCAUGGAAUGUCUAGGUAUAUUUGUGCUAAAGAUGGCAAAUGGGAAGAAUUUUUGUGCCCGAUAUUUCUUGGAUGUAAAGUUUGUAUGACAGGUUUUGGAACAACUGAGAAAACCAGAGUUCAAAAAUUAGUCACAAAGUUUGGUGGAGAUUAUAGUGGAGCAAUGAAGUUGAACUAUACAACUCAUCUUAUUGUCAAUAAGCCAGAAGGUCAAAAGUAUGCCAUGGCAAGUGGAUUUGGUGUCAAAGUAGUCAAUAUCAAUUGGAUAUAUGAUAGUGUAGAGAAAGGAUCAUGCCAAGAUAAUACUAAAUAUCCUGUUAAACUAGAUGGUUUCAAAAAAUCUGUAAAUCAGUCGACUCCAGAAAGUCAUGCCAAGAGUUCAAGAAUUGAAUCAAUGGCUGAUGUAAGUUGCAUAGAUCCAUCAAUGAUAAAUGAAACAGUGGCGUCAACAAUGAAUGAUACUUCAAGAAUGUCAACUAUAGGACUUCCAGUCAAUCAAUCUAUGCUGCCUCCAGUUGGUCAACUACCCUCAUCGAGAAUUUCAAAUCCAACGAGAAAUUUGCUGAUGUCUUUUCCAAUGAAUAAAGAUUAUAGUGAAAUAUUAGAUGGAAUUCAUGUAUACUUAGUUGGCUUUCAUCCAGAUGAAGAAGAAAAAAUGGGAAAAUUGUUAAGUUUAGCAAGUGCAAUCAAAUAUAACCAGUUGACAUCCAGUGUAUCAUGUGUAAUUGUAGGAAAUUUAUCAAAAGUUUCUCAAAGCUUGAAAAGCGAUAUUGUGACAGCUUGUGCACAGAAUCCAGAUCUUCGUGUUGUAAACCAAUCUUGGGUGUUGGAAUCAUUGAAGAAAGGAGAACUUGUUCUAGAGAAAAACCACUGGGAAUCAUCAAUCAUUCCAAUACCUGCUGAUCAUCAUGAUAUGGAAAAUGAUGAAACUAAAAUGGAUACAACAACGGAAGCUAGUGCAACAACAGUACAUGAUAAUAAAUCUACUGUAAAAAGAAAUCCUAUCAGUCGAUCAUCUGCUGCGACUGGUAAUAAAAAUCUGGAUGGAUCAAUGUUGGGUUUCUUACAUCAUAAUGAUGAAGUGGACGAUAAUGAAAUGUUGUCUCAAUAUAUGAUUAAUCCACAACUCGAUGAUGUUGGACACAAUGAUGAUGAUGAUAUGCAACGUAGGCAAACCCCAGAAGUUGCGGAUACAAUGCAUGAAGGUAGUUCAUUCCUACGGAGAAAAUUAAGAACGGAAUAUGGAGAUGAAACUAACAUGGAUAUCGAUGAAACUCGACCUCAAGAUAAUGAAACUACAGAAAUGGAAUCUACUACAAUGCAGUCUGAGACAAGUAUCACAAACAUUUUCGCUGGGAAAGUUUUUUUCAUAUUUGGAUUUUCUGCUGAAGAAUUAGAGGAAUUAACAGCAGAUAUUGAGUCAUACGCAGGAUCUGUGCUGCCAGUCAAUAGCAAACAUAUAGCAGAUUAUGCAGUUGUACCUUUAACAGGUUGGCCUGUUGAUAGAACUGUUCAGGAUGUUGUUACCAAUUUCUGGAUUAAAUUCUCAAUAGAAGAAGGAAGACUUAUAGAAACCGAUGAACACCCAAUGUGUAUUCCGUUUUCAGUGCCUCCUGAUUCAUAUCCUCUUCAAGAGUGUGUUGCAUGUUUGAGUAAAUAUCGAGACUCGGAACGAGUGUAUCUUUCAAGGCUCAUUGAAGACCUAGGUGGUUUAGUUCAAGAAGUUGUUGCAAGAAGAGAUACAAAAGAUUUGAAACAAACUACUCAUCUUAUAAUAAAUGAACCAGGAGGGGAUAAAUAUGAUGGAUGCAAAAGCUGGGGGAUUGUGACUGUCACUGAAGAAUGGGUUUAUGAAUCAGCUAAAAAAGGUAAAAGGAUGAUUGAAGAUGAAUUUUCAGUCGACAAACCAAGAAGAGGAAAGCAAACAGAGAAUAUAACAUCAGUACCUCAAUCAUCAUCAACAACUGCCAGGGAAGCUGUAUCAAGAAGUGAGGUUUUGAGUAAAGUUUCCAAGAUCAAGUCUCACAGUUACGUGGGAUGGAACACAGAGUUUCCUCCCAUGCCACGCCCACCUAGUGUUGUGGAUAAGAUCAGAAAGAGACUCGAAGCAAAAGCAGAUGCUGAGAAGAAAGCCAGGGAAGAAGCCAUUAAGAAUAAGGAAACACCAUUAAGAGUGAGGUACAAAAGACUUAAUUUGGAGACACCAAGUAAAUUCAUGACGAAAGGGGGACCUCCUGUCAAUGUUUCUUUCGAUCUCACGGAAGUUUUUGAAUUGUUGAAAACUCCAGUUGAAAAGCAAAAGAAGAUACGGGAGGAAAUGAAAGAAAAUCCAGAAACUCCGAUGAGUGUUUUUUUGAGUAGAUGUUUAGACGAGGGUGUAAAAAACAUUCCUGAUGAAUUGAUUAUGAAUCUUGAAAAAAAAUUAACAGAACAGACACAAGUUAAAGAAGAAAUGCAAGAAGCUAAAGAUUGCGACACAACAACAAAUAGUGAAACAACUGAUCCCUCCAGCUCGAAUAUUUUUUCAAAUCUUGUUAUUUCUCUCGCAAAGAAACUACACAACCAGUUCUCUGAUUUGGGAAAACUUAUUUCUAAUCAUGGUGGAGAAUUUCGUUGGACGUAUGACAAUGCAUGCACUCAUUUCUUAUUCCAGGGAAAAUUAAAUGACAAGAACAAGGAAUUUUGUGCUGCAAGACGGGAUGGGAAGUUUAUUGUAUCACCAUAUUGGAUUAACGCUUGUAUACAAACCAGUUCAAGAAUUGAUGAAAGUUUAUUUCCUCAUGUCUAUGAUCCUAAUAAAUCUAUUCAAAUGGUAUCGACCAGUCCUCCCAAGACGAGACGUCGGACCCUUCGAAAUUCAACGUCAUCCAAUGAUAACAAAUCGUCAUCAUCUGGUAAGUCAGGAAAUUCAUCCAAUUCAACAGAAAGUGAAGAAGAUACAACUUCAACGAAAACAUCUAAAAUAAAAGGAGAACCAGAAAUAGAAGAUUCACAAGAAGCUCGAGAAAAUUUACGAAAGAAACUUGAGCACAUUAUGUCAGCAACUAAUCUUAAGAAUGAGAAACACAUGCAUAGGCUGAGCUGUAGCAGGGUGAAUACACCAUCUCCAUCAAUAGCAGCUGCUCAACGUCGCACAACGACAACCUCUGGUACUCCUCUACCAAUGAAAAGUUUAGAUCAUGAUAAAACAGAAUUAUCUCAGGAUGUUCAAGUUAGUUGGGAUGAUCCAACGGGCAGAGAAGAAAUGGAAAGAUUAAUGAAGGAAAGGAACACAACUACCGAUGAUUCUAAUUUUAAGGUACCAGCUGAUGUUUCAAUAAACAAUUUGGAAACGACAAAGGAUGAUGAGGAGACUGUUUUCGAGGAUCAGGGAACUGAAGACCAAGAUAUUCCUCAAACUAUAAAAGAUGGAUUAGUUAUGAGAUUUCACAUGUCUUCUGUCAGCCUGCAAGAAAAAACAAAAUACAUUGAAAUUAUUAAGGAAUUAGGUGGAGAGUUCUUAGAUGGAGGUUCUAUCGAUCCCACUGCUACUCAUUUACUUGUAACAAAACCAGGACGAAGCGAAAAAUUCCUUUCUGCACUUGCAUCAGGAAAAUGUAUUGUAAAUGCUCAGUAUCUGAAUGCUUGCAAGGAGGCUAAUCGUUUUAUCUUGGAAGAAAAAUUCGAAUAUGGCAACCCAUUGAAUCCAAGCACAAACGAGUAUUUGGUCAAACCUGACGUACUACAGAGUCAAAUAUCAUUAUCACCAUACAGAUGGAGAACAAAACUUCGUCAUAAUGAAAAAGAAACAGGAAUUUGGAAAGGAUCAUUUGGUGGAUGGAAGGUAAUACUUCACGUCAGUGAUCGACAAAUGAAAGGUUUUGAGCGUCUUCUAAAAUGUGGUUCUGCAGAUGUAAUUGCAACUCAGCUCCCACUACAUGGAAAACUUGGAAAUAUUACCCAUGCUUUUAUUGAUCCUGAAAAAGCAAAGCAACUAGACUCAUGGAUUUUAGAAGAACUUGUUGCAAAAUCUGGAGUUCAUGUUUGUAAUCCUUCAUAUAUUGGUGAUUAUUUAUUAAAAAAUCCACCUCCUGAACCGAGUUCUCAGUAUUUACCUCAAGUAUCUUCCAUAUAUGACAAAAUCGACCAUGAAAAUGAUGAUGGAAGAGAAGUAAAAAGGAGAAAAAUUGAUUGAAGACUUUUCUAAUUAGCAAAUUUUUCUUGCAAUUUUUUUACUGUUCUAUUUUGUGUUUCUUCUUUGUUAUUCGUUUCCCCAGACUUGUUGACACAAAUUCUCUACUACAAUUUAAAUUUUUUUUUUUGCUUGGAUAUCCAUUUUGUGACCGUUUUCUAGAAACUUUUUAUAAGAUGUGCAGUCUUAAUGUAAUGAAUUGACCUAACUCCAUUCUACAUAGUUACAGAUCUAUGAUGUUAUUACAAAAUUCAAUGAUUUGCCUUGGUCAGGGUGUGUUACAGAGAAGAAAGAACAAUCUAAACCA